CUACUCCUCCACCUCCUCACCUCUUCCUCUCUUCCUCUUACAUGUUGCUCAGUGCAGAGCUCGGAUGCAGGAUGAGGCUUCCGGCCAUGUGGGAAUUUCUCUUGACGGUGGCUCGUGGUUGAAUCCGCGUGUUGUUGAGGACUUUCUUCCAAGAAGCAGCAAUCAGAAGCCCGGCAGGGGACAAAAGGUCAGUCAAGCUGUGAAGCCUUAAGGAAUCAGAGAAGGUUCACUCCGCUUUACUUGCCAGUGGAGUCGCUCUAACUCUGCAGGAAGAGUGAAAACUGCAACUUGUUGCUGCUGUUGAAGAUCUUCGGUGAAAAGGGAAGCUUUGAUGAGAUUUCUCCCCGAUUACAGCCGCUGAAGUUCAGGAGCCAUUUCCAGUAAUUCACCCUUCUCUGAAAAAGGGUCUGAUGAGGACCAGCGAGGCACCUUAGCUGCUCUGUCACAUGGACAUUGACACUGAACAGCUGUUGCAUUCACCAUCUCAGUAAAGAGAGAGUCCAGGAGCGAUACAGUGCGACAAGAUGCUGAAAAACUUGUUUGCAUCCCCUCGUACUUAGCAACUGGUGAGGAUGAGAGAUGCUGUGAUGACCUACCUGUAUUUGACAAGUGUGUUUUUCACCUCGUUGGAGAGAGGAGCGCAGGGCGAUCAAAGUCAGCAAGAGGGAGCAGGGGAGGCAGCGGGGGAAAGUGUGAGGCAGUGAGAGGUGAAACAGAGAGGAGAGGAGAAAGUGACAGAACUGUGCCAGACUGAAGACGGAGUAAAGGAAAAAUCAGUGUAUCAAAGAGCUGGACGCACGCCCGCGUACCGCAGCAGGAUUGUGUUUUUUUGUAAGAGCCGUGCACGCUCAAAUCUUGAUGGAGCCGCAGGGGGCCACCUUUCUCUGACCUGUCAACCGAAGCACACAUAACUUAGCAUCAUGGACGUAGAUCUCCCAAACAGCACUUUCGCCAACACAACCCAUGUCCAGGCCGCUCCCCACAGCCUCUGGGAGGUCAUCGCCAUCGCCACAGUGUCAGCCAUUGUCAGCUUGAUAACCAUUGUUGGCAACGUGCUGGUGUUGCUGUCCUUCAAAGUCAACAGCCAGCUUAAGACUGUCAACAACUACUACCUGCUGAGUUUGGCUUUCGCUGACCUCAUCAUCGGAGUGUUGUCCAUGAACUUGUACACCACAUACAUCCUGAUGGGUUACUGGUCCUUGGGAAACAUUGCAUGCGACCUCUGGCUAGCGGUGGAUUAUGUAGCCAGCAAUGCUUCUGUUAUGAACCUACUGGUCAUCAGCUUUGACAGGUACUUCUCCAUCACGAGGCCGCUAACUUACCGGGCUAAAAGGACUCCAAAGAGAGCCGCCAUCAUGAUCGGUCUGGCCUGGCUGGUGUCUUUCAUCCUCUGGGCGCCACCCAUUCUGUGCUGGCAGUACUUUGUAGGAGAGAGGAAAGUGCCUCCUGACCAGUGCCAGAUCCAGUUUCUGACAGAGCCGGUGAUCACAUUUGGGACCGCCAUCGCCGCCUUCUACAUCCCUGUCUCGGUCAUGACAAUCCUUUACUGCAGGAUCUACAAGGAGACGCAGAAGCGGACCAAGGAUCUGGCAGAGCUGCAAGGGCUCGCCCCGGAAAACGUCCCGGAGGGGACGAAACCGCCGAAGACGAUCAUCCACUCAUGCUUUCAUUUCAACAGAGAGCGGAAGGAGCGGAGUCAGGCCUCCUGGUCCUCGUCUAAUCAGAGUAAUGUCACUAAAACCACGACUCGGUCGGAUGAGGGGUGGGUGAAAGCAGAUCAGAUCACCUCCUUUAACAGCUACACCUCAUCUGAGGAGGAGGAGCAGCAUGUGUCCAUCGAAACGCCACAGGGAUCUUUCGAAGAGCAAGCCAUGGGACAGAGUAGUAAGAACGGCCAGGUGACUGAUUACACAGAGGAUCAGUAUUUCUCCACGCCGCUAAAGAAGAACAGCAAAAAGCACAUUUCUUACAAGUUCAAACCUGGCUCCAAAGGUAAAAACGGCAAACCUGUGACUGCAACACCCUCGCCCUGCCCACCCGUGGAAGAGCAGCCCCCCAAAAACGCCUCCCCGGCCUCCUCCACCACCUCCAAACCCAUGGACCCCGUCCUGAAGAACCAGAUCACCAAGAGGAAGAGGAACGUGCUGAUAAAGGAGAAGAAGGCGGCCCAGACCCUCAGCGCCAUCCUGCUGGCGUUCAUCCUCACGUGGACGCCGUACAACAUCAUGGUGCUCAUCUCCACCUUCUGCACCGAGUGCAUCCCCACGUCCCUGUGGCACCUGGGCUACUGGCUGUGCUACGUCAACAGCACCAUCAACCCAAUGUGCUACGCCCUGUGCAACAAGACCUUCCAGAAGACGUUCCGCAUGCUGCUGCUCUGCCAGUGGAGGAGGAGGAGGAGAGGCGAGGACAAGCUGUACUGGUGUGGACAAAACCCAAAUGUCAACAACAAAAUGACUUGAUCCGCGACAUAAGAGCAUAUAGGCUAAUUAGUAUUUCUCGAUAUCUAGAUUUUCUUGAUAUGUAUAUAUACUGUAGUGAGUGGGCGUCUUCAGCAUGAAGUGCUGCAUGUGAUUUUGCUGUGUGAGUACAUGCAGGUGAAAAAGAAACGAUUUGAUCGGAGAAUGUUCAUCCUCAAGGUGGCUACAGAUUCUAACGGCAGUUCGAGAAUGGGUUCAGUUCAGAUUAUUUAUCUUUAAAAAGGGAAAAUGCUUUGUUUCUACGAGUUGUUUACAGGGGAUGUGGAAGUGAUUUUUAUGUGCUCGAAGCGUGUUGAAAGAAAGCAGCAACCUCCAGUGAUGAACAUGAAGCCAAUGCAGAAGUGAGAAACGUGGCAGUUCCUCGAGUGUCCACUAGAGGCUA